UUUAGCGUGUAUGAUUUGGCCUCGACCGGAGUAAAUAAAAGAGCGAAAUCCCCAAAUUGCUGCGUUCUUCGUCUGGUCUUCUUCUUUCCCGCUGGACCCUGCAACAGCUGUAUCUGGAACCCCGAUUCCUUCUUGUCAAUCCCUUUUCCGUUGCACAAUUUCCAUGGGCUGAACCGUGACAUCGUAACCGGUUGGAGAACGUAAUUUGAAACUGAUAUAAUGUACAGAGGUUCCGGAAAGCAUGGCCGCGGUGGCGGCAGAGGCCGUGGCAAGCGCAACAUCCCCUCAUCAUUUCACGCACCACCUAUCCUGAGCUCUUCUGUCGUACCAGGAGGCCGCGUAUUAGUUGGAAGUGGAGCUACUCCUAGCUGUCGCGGCACUUCUUCUGCCCCCAAUUCCUCUGCUGCUUCCAAUGAGACAGAGGAAAAUUUCAGCCUUGUUGCGGGAAAUGCUUUGAACUUCUCAAUGAUAAUCCGGCUGGCACCUGGCCUAGUGGAGGAGAUCAAGCGAGUGGAGUCUGAAGGGGGUGUGGCGCAGAUCAAAUUUGAUGCAAAUGCUACUAAUUCUAAUGGAAACGUUAUUAAGGUUGGCAGUAAAGACUUCAGAUUCACAUGGUCACAAGAAGGGGGAGACCUAUGUGACAUAUAUGAAGAGCGUCAUAGUGGUGAUCAUGGAAAUGGCCUGCUAGUAGAAUCGGGCAGUGCUUGGAGAAAGGUGAAUGUACAGCGCGUUUUGGAUGAAUCGACUAAAAAUCAUGUUAAAAUGCUAUCUGCGGAAGCUGAACGCAAGUCUAAAUCACGCAAAGCCAUCGUUUUAGACCAUGGAAAUCCAUCUACGAAGAGUCAAGUGAAGGCAAUGGCAGCUGUAGAAGGUAAUACAUGGAGAUCAGGUUUCAAGCAACCCCCUUUGAAGAAAAGGAAAGCUGAACCACCUCCAGCAGGUGGCCCUUCUAGACCUACUUUUGAAUCUGUGGGUUUAUCUGUAGUAACUCCUUCAAAGAGAAUUAGACCUUCAACUUCACCUUUAUCUUCUCCAGUUCAUCUAUCUAGCAUGCCCACUCAACCAGAAAACAAAAUUGCUAGCACUGUCAAAGAAAUUCACCCAAGCUAUGCGAUGCAAAAUACGCUAGGGUCCAAAAGGAGCACAGACACCAAACCUUCUGAUCUGCGUAGCUUGUUGGUAUUUGCCCUAAUGGAAAACCAAUCAAAUGGGUUGAGCCUUAAGGCCUUGGAGAAAUCUGUUGGAAACGCUUUUCCUAACUCAGCAAGACAAAUUGAGCCAAUCCUUAAGAAGAUUGCAACCUUUCAGGCUCCAGGGAGAUAUUUUUUAAAACCAGAAGUGAAGAUGGAAAACAUCCAGACAGCUGUAGCUGAAAUUGGAAGUUCUCCUGAAGAGCAUCUUCACACACCACCUGCCCUCAACAAACAUGGUGAGUUAUCAGCUUCGCAGCUCGACUUUUCCAUGAUGAAUGAGGCCAAUGAAUUGGAACAGAAAACACUGCUGGAUUCUAAAACUGAAGAACCAUGUAACCCAACAGAAGAAGUUGAUAUACUUCAGCAAUCGCCAGACUUUUCUGGUGAGAAAAAGGCCUCCGAUCACAGCUUAGGGGUAGCAGAAAGCUCUAGUGAUAGUGGAAGUGACAAUGACAGCGAAAGUGAUAGCAGUGACAGUGGAAGUCAAAGCAGAAGCCCUCGGGGAAGUAGAAGUGUGAGCAGGAGUAGCAGUGACAGUGAAAGUGAUGCCUCUUCCAUCAACACUAAGGAGGCAUCUGAUGUGGAAGUGGAUAUUAUGAGUGAUAAUGACCGAGAUGAAGUGCAACCUCUUGAGCAUGGCUUGGCAAAAUCUCCCAUUCCAACCGGAGGAACUCAAGGUAUUGAGCCUGGUCAGUUUGGGAUUGAUGAAAAGGAGGAAUAUGUUCAUGUUAUUGAUAAUAUUGAUAUUAAUAAACACUUUCAAGAUGGUUGUCAUGGAUUUGAAGAGAGCAAUAUCACUGAUAAUGUACCUGUGAAGGAAGGCAAAGAAGCAGAAGAGACCGGACUUUCAUCUGACCAACAUAAGAAUAUGGGGGAAAACCAAGUUCAAACAGCAACCUUUUAUAGUGAAAAGGAGGGCAUGCUCAAAAAGGGUACCAAGCUUGAGCAAUCUGGUGGUAUUUUUAGAACACCUAAAACUAAGUCUGAUAGACUCUCUGACGUGAAGCAGUUUGAUGAUAAACACGACCAAACUAAGAGGUUAAAAACUGGAAACAUAAACCAACACCAAAGUUCUGCUAGUAACCCUGUUUUUAAUGAGGGUGUUUCUCAACAUUCUUCUCCUGAUAGAGCCCUUGAGUUAUCUUCCAAGAAUGUUGGUGUGCUGGUGGUUAAUAGAACGGGAAGAGAAGGUACUUCUGAUUUUUCUUCACAGAAAGGUCACAGCCUGACCUUUUCUGGAAACUCUUUUUCCGAUUCUCAGCACCCAGACUCGAGACAUGUUGAACUCAGUGGGCUGGACAAAGUUUCGGCGGCAGCUGCAGAAAAAUCAGUUAAAUAUGGAAAUACAUUGAGCCGUAGUGCUAAGCAUUCUUCUGAAAGUAGGGUUUUAGUGAAUGAAGGUUUCUCUUCGCAGAGAGAGAAAUUGAAUAAGGGUUCAGUUCAUGAAGAAGGGAGUUUUGAUGAACAAAGAACGAUGAAAGUUUCCAAGGAUAGUACAGGGGAUUGGCAUAAAAGAUCUAUUGAAUCCCAAUACAGAAAGCAUGAUAAUUUAGACCCGGGAUGUUCUCCAAAGGAAAAUAACACAAGCAAUGUUGGAAGAUCUUUAAUGAGUGGGCAAAAUAAAAGACUUCAGAGAGAAGUUUCAGAUUUGGAGUUGGGUGAAUUUCGUGAUUUCGCUCUAGAGGAUACACAUGCAAUGCAAAAACAUACCGAGAGGAGAAGUUCCGUCAAAGGGGAAAACAAACCAACAACUUCAGAUCACUGGAACUCAGACACAGGUAAAGGAAAGGGGGCUAAUAAGAUUAUUUCAGGAUCAAAAAAGACAUCUCCGCGUCAUUCAUAUGUCGCAGGUGGUACUCCGGAUGGAAUAUCUAAGAGAAAGUCCCUCGAACCUUACCCCCAGCAAAAAUCUCAGCAACAUCUGUCUCAACUAAACCAUCUCAGAGUUGAUCAGAAUGAUGUUGGACACCUUAAUAAGGCAUUAGACGUGAGUAGUAAAAGCAGAAAGAAUGAAGUUGGAGGGACUCAAGAGACUUAUGGAGACAAUAAUCACAACAAAGUCUUUACAAGUGCAGCAAAACGGCAUGAUGCAAAAUUAGGAGCUGUAUCUAUAUCUACUAGUGAAAGUAACAUCCAGAAAUCUAAUUUUGUUGCAGACCUAAAUGGUAGGCGAAAGGGUGGAUCUUUGACAGGUAAUAAUGAUGAUCAGAAGCGGAAGGAAUCUCCUUCAGACGAGAUUAGUUGUUCCUACUCCAAGUAUGAAAAGAAGGAGCCAGAGUUCAAGGGUCAGAUAAAGGAUUCCUCCCAGUACAAAGAGUAUGUGCAGGAGUAUCUGGAAAAGUAUGAGACUUAUUGUUCACUAAACAAAAUCUUAGAGUCAGACAGGAUUAAGUUCAGUAAAUUUGGAAAAGAGCUCGAGGCUUCUAAAGGAAGAGACAUGGAGAGAUACAAUGACGUAUUGAAACAAUUGAAAGAUUCUUAUCAUCAAUGUGGAGCAAGACAUAAACGACUGAAGAAAAUAUUUGUUGUGCUUCAUGAAGAACUGAAGCAUUUGAAACAGAUGAUGAAAGAGUUUGCUGCUUCAUAUGCGAAAAGUUGACUACCUGGUCUCUCUUUCCAGUUUUGCCUCUAUUUGAACUCUCCUUUGCCAUUUGGCAUCACCUGGAGCAGUUCCCUCUGAUGUUGUUGCAGUUGGAGUUGAUGCUUUAAGGCCAUAUAACAAGUGACGGACUUCUCAGUGAGAAAAUCUGGUUGAUAUAUGAUAGUCCAUCUACAUGAUCUCUGCCAGUAUAUCUUUUGCUCCGAUCAGCAGUGAAGAAAUUUGUGGUUUGGUUGACUGAUUUCAUGAUCUAUCAGUGUUCCGGGAGCAGUAUAUACAAGAAGGGGAGCGUUGGUAAUGGUGGUGUUGAGUACAAAACAAAUAUAAAUUGGAUGUAAAUAUAAAAUAUAAAGCAUAGAAAUGGUUUGGUGAACUUGUGAGGCCUCAUUUUAUAGUUAUAAUUAUUAUCGGUUUAGGGUUAAUUAUUGUAGCACUUCAAGAUUGAUCAAAAUAACUCUUGUAUCUUGUAUUUUAAAGGAAAGCUAAUCAUCUCAUGUAGUUUGGUCGAAUUAAUCACUAGACCAUAGUAUCUAUUGUAUCGUGUUACAUUUCAUGCUCAUUAACCAUA